CAGUCUUCCUGCCCAACCGCUCGAUCACUCAAUCCAACCAAUUGCUUCAUUUCUCCCUGUGACCGCCCAGCCGUUUAUCCGCGCGCUCUGCCCCUCCUCGAGACCUAACCCUCCCCUUCUCUCUCUCUCUCUAAUCCUAGUCACGACGGCACCUCGCUUUGCACAGCGUUCCAGCCGUUCAAAACCCCGCAUCUUUGUAGCCCUGAAACACCGACGUCAGACAGUGACAUCAUUGCACUCCAAUUUUGGUAGUCCCCCUUUUGCUCACACCAAGCCAAAGGUCCCAUCUCCAAACCACUUCUAUCCCGUUCAUACUCUAUACACAAAACCACCAACCAUGUCAUCCAGCGACGACGACAACGCACUCAGCUUGUUCGACUUGGAGACUGCGCCGCUCGACUUUUUCCUGCUGCCCGAGCCUGCUGCCGCCGCCGCCCUCCACCUCAACCUCAACGUUGAGGAGGACGACGAGGAAGAGCUGCUGGACAACGACGACGACGACGACGCUUCGCCGCUGGCAACGCCGUGGGACGCCUGCUUUAGUCCCGAGGACUUUGACCAGCUGGCCUCAGUCAUCACAGCGAGCGAGCUCUUUGACUUUGGCGCUCAAGAAGAUGCAGCCAAGGUGCCCCUCCCCCAAGCGACUGGUGCCAUGACAAGCGUCAAGCCGCUCGACAAUGGUGCCGCUGCAAAGCUCCGCACUUCUGCCAAACAGUCGCUGAAGCAGUCGCUGCCAGCAGGAUCAAAGGUGCCCGUCGUGGCAACCUCUGGCCUCAACCUGCGCCAUGGCAUGUCGUCGUCCGUCUCGGUUUUGGCGCUGCUGCGGUCGCAUGUCAGCGAUCGCGCAGCGGCAGCCCAGCUCGACAAGCUGACGCCCGGCGACUUGGAGAACAUGGGCACUCGCGAGCGCAACCAGCUGUACAAGCAGCUGCGCUUGUCCGCGGACGUGCUUGCCCAGGUCAAGGGCAUGCGUCGGCGCGUCAAGAAUUGCCAGGCCGCCAACACCCUGCGGCGAAGACGCGACACCGAGAUGCAGGCGCUCCACGAACGGGUCCGGCUUUUGGAGCAAGAGAAUGCCUUGCUGCGCGCUCAGCUUGCCUCGCAGCCUGCCCGUGCCAAUCUUGCAUUGUCUGCAUGAUUUGGUUGUUGUGGUUGUUGACUGUUGGCUCUACGAUUGUUGUCAGGUUGUUCCGAAUUCAUCCGUGAAUACAGACAUUGUUAAGGC